GUCAAUCAGCCCAUGUCUCUGUCCAGUUGUUUCCCCUCUUUCUGUCAUGCAUUGGACUGCCUCAACCACUGUCUCAUCACAAAACAAACAGCACUAUAUUUGUUUUCUGAUACAACAAUGGUUCCCCUUGUUUCUGCUAUUCUAGACCUUACUACGUACAGCUCUCCCUACGUUUAAGUUGUCAGUGCCAGCACAGCUUCAACCUUAACAGUAGUUUGUCUGUUGGCAGUUUUCAAAACCUUUUUCUCUGUAAAACUAUUCAGAUGGAUUAUUCAUUUUAGCAAGAUCAUCCGUGGUAAGUUACCCCCAAGUUUUAUGUUCAUAUCGUUUAUAUUCUUGUCUCAGCAGUUUGGUCAAUAUUGUAUGAGCUUAUGUCACACUGAAAGGAUAUAUUCUGAGUCAGUUGACUCCUGUAGCUUUGAUAUAUGUAAGGAUGCUUCAGAUGAUAUGAUACAGUACAUAUAAUUCUUAACACAGCCUUGAUACAUUUCAUACAGCGUCAUAAAUAUUAUCAGUAAAACUCAGGUAAUAUACAUCCAUUUUAGUUGUUAGAAGUAUAGUUGUAUUUUAUUUUUUACUUAGUUUCUCCCCCAGACAUCCAGCAGCAGUGAAGAGAAUGAGCCGCACAGAGGGUCUGAGGGCCAACUCUUCCCAGUUCACUCUGGAGGGAGAGCCCUUCCACAUCCUGGGAGGCUCUAUCCACUACUUCCGUGUGCCCAGGGCCUACUGGGGGGACCGGCUGCUGAAAAUGAGGGCCUGUGGGGUCAACACACUCACCACAUAUGUCCCAUGGAACCUGCAUGAACCCGAGAGAGGAGUCUUCAACUUCCAGGACCAGCUGGAUUUAGAGGCAUACAUCAGCCUGGCAGCAGAACUGGGGCUGUGGGUCAUCCUGCGUCCAGGACCCUACAUCUGUGCAGAGUGGGAUUUAGGAGGGUUGCCCAGCUGGUUAUUACGGGACAGAGACAUGAGGUUGAGGACCACAUACCCUGGUUUUACAGAAGCAAUGUGCUCCUACUUUGACAAACUCAUCCCUAUAGUCAAACCUCUGCUGUAUGAAGAAGGAGGCCCCAUCAUUGCUGUUCAAGUGGAGAAUGAGUAUGGCUCGUAUGCAAGGGAUACAGACUACAUGUCGUUCGUAAAAGAGGCUUUGCUGUCCAGGGGGAUCAAUGAGCUGCUGCUGACUUCAGACAAUCGGGAGGGAUUGAAAUGUGGAGGAGUAGAAGGAGCUCUCAAAACAAUCAACCUCCAAAAGAUAUCCUAUGGGGUUAUUCAAUACUUGGCCAGUAUGCAGCCUGAUAAACCUCUGAUGGUGAUGGAGUACUGGUCAGGCUGGUUUGAUGUCUGGGGUGAACCUCACCAUAUUUUUCACGCUGAAGACUUGCUGGAUGUGGUGGAUGAGAUACUGAAAAGAGGUGUAUCACUCAACCUGUACAUGUUUCACGGUGGAACCAGCUUUGGGUUCAUGAACGGAGCUGUAGAUUUUGGCACCUACAAACCCCAGGUUGGCAGCUAUGAUUACGAUGCUCCGUUGUCCGAGUCUGGGGAUUACACCAGAAAAUACUAUUUACUUAGGAAACUCUUCACCCAGUACUACAAUAAUCAGCUUCCACCAGAGGUCCCCCCCCUUCAGGACAGGAGUGUCUACCAGCCUGCUGUCAUCCUCCAGCACCUGUCCCUGUGGGAGAGCCUACAGUUCACUAAGCCGUACAGAUCCGUGAAGCCAGUCAACAUGGAGAACCUCCCAGUCCAUAACGGGAACGGUCAGUCAUACGGCUACACUCUAUAUGAGACCACCAUCACCAAUGGAGGCUUUCUGAACUCCUGGAACAACGUCAGGGACAGAGCUCUGGUGUUUUUGGAUAGACAUCUUGUUGGCAUCCUAGACUACAAGACUGAGUCGUUUGCACUGCCUGAUGGGAAGGGGGCAAGAACAUUGGCUCUACUAGUGGAAAACUGUGGGAGAGUGAAUUAUGGAAAAGCCCUUGAUGAACAGCGCAAAGGUCUAGUGGGAGACAUUUUUUUGAACAACACUCCUCUUAUGGGCUUCACAAUGUACUGUUUGGACAUGAAGCCAGGUUUCAUAAACAAACUGAUUGCAGGCCAAUGGAACUCAGUUUCCCAGAGGGCCUCCUUUCCAGGGUUCUUCCAGGCCAGUCUGGAUGUAGAUGGCCCUCCCAGAGACACCUUCAUAAGACUUCAUGGCUGGGGUAAAGGAGUGGUCUUUAUCAACGGGCAGAAUCUUGGACGGCACUGGUCCAUAGGGCCCCAGCAGUAUUUGUAUCUACCUGGACCUUGGCUCCAAAGUGGACAUAACCAGAUUGUCAUCUUUGAAGAAAGCCGAGCUGGUGAGAAGAUAAUAUUUGCUGAAAAUCCCACUCAUGGUAAAACUGUUGAUGUUUACAAACACCUGUUUUGUUCACUGCUUUAAAAUCGUUACUUUUGGAGCUUCAUCAUUGAUGUGGAAUACAGUAAAAAGUUUUUAUAACAGUUGUUCCAAAAUAAAUAAAGUCAAAGACUUUCACAAUGGAGUAUUCAACACAUUCAUCAAGCUAAGAAAUUAGAAAAGGUACAAUACAGAAGUGUUAUGCUAUUUCUAAAUUAGGUAUGUUUAUAUUCUUGACAUUCAUACACAGGCCUAUAUUUAGGUUAGUCUUGUGUUACUUUUGUGUUUCUAAUGAGCAAGAGUGAAAAAACUGUUCUAACAAAAGUUUUGGUAAUUAUUUAAUUGAGGGGAUAAAAGUUUUCAAUUAUUUUUUGUUUGAUGCAAUGUUUUACACAUACUUCUGACAUACUGGUAAUAAAGCAACAAACUGUAAGAUUG